CAAUAGUUCGAACACCCACCGAACCAGAUCAAAUCUGACGAGAGGAGGCAAAACGGAGGUGAGGAGGAGACAGGGUGACAGGAGCAUCUCGGCGACGGCAGCCCGCAGCGAGCAUGGACUUCCACGCGCUCCCCCGCCGCGACCUGCAGGCGCUGUGCAAGCGCAAUGGCGUCCGCGCCAACAUGACCAACGCCGCCAUGGCCGACGCCCUCCGCGCGCUCCCCGCGGUUGAUGGCAUCGAGGAGUACGUCAAGCAGCCAGUCGCCGUGCCUGCGCCGGCGGGUAAGGCCGUGACGGAGGAGGAGGAGCAGCGGGAGAAGAAGGGGAGUCCGCUCAAGCCGGGCGACGGCAAGGAAGAAGAGGACGUGAAGCGGGAGGUGAACAAGGAGGACAUACCGGCCCCUGUCGCGGGUCGGCGCGGUACCAGCCGGCGCGCUCGGCCCGCGCCUGUCAUGCCUAAGCCGGCGGUCGAGGUGGAGGGCAAGGCAGUGGAGGAGGAGGAGAAGCAGGGGAGCCCACUCGCACGCGCUCGCCGCGUCACGUUCAAGUCGCCCGCUCCCACCAGGCCGGAGGACGGCGAGGAGGACGUGCCGGCAAUUGGCGUGGGGCGGCACGGUGCCAGCAGGCGCGGUCGUCCAGCGCCGGCUGUGGCCAAAUUGGCUGACAAGGUAGUCGCGGAGGAUGAGCAGUGGGCUCCGAUCCCACGCGGCCGCCGCGUCAAGGCCAGCAUCGGGCCGAACGAGGAGGAGGAGAAGAAGAAUCUGAAGCGGGAGGAGAAGGAGGAAGACGAGCCGGCACCUGACGUAGGACAGCGCAGUGCCAGCAGCGGCGCUCUUCCCGCCCAUGUAGAGGCUCCGACUACGAGGAGAAGGGCCGCGGCGAGCAAAACUGAAGCCGUGGUCGUGGAGGCCGUGCCGGUUCGGACCACUCGCCAGCGUAGGCCGACGAUGAAGGCGGCAGCGGCGGCGGCAGAGGAGAAGGUGUCGCGUAGGGCAACGAGGAGGGCGGCGGCGAGGAAGACCACGUCGCAGCAGGAAGAGGAACACGAGGCGCCGCAAGGUCUGGUAGAGCUUGAUUCCAAUCAAUUUCAGUACCGUAUGCCAAUUUCGCUUGUGGAACCAGGUGUCGUCUCUGAUGCAGAGGCUGUGCUUGCAUCGGUUCCCAACGAGGGAUGUGACGAUCCUGGAAAUGUGGAUGAGGCUUCUGGUCCUCAUAACGACGAGCAGAAGGAUGUGGUCGACGAACCGUUGCAGGAAGACGAAGAGGUAGAGAUGAAUGAGGGUGAGAUACCGAUGGAAGAGACUCCGGCAGAAGAGCCACCUGUGGCUGAUCAGAAAUGCACAGACAAGACAGCAGUACAAGAGCAGCAAGUUGAUGUCAAGCAGUGCGCUGCUCCCUUACCCAGCCAGGAGGAUUCGCCAAUUCUGGGUCUCGUAUCCACCACCAUCGGACAGGCCGUUGAGGAUGAAGGUACACAUUUUCAGGACGGUGCAGGCUUCGGCAAGGGGCAGUUGGACAAGGAGAUGGGCGAGGAGAUCGAAAUGGUGCCCGUCAUUGAGGCACCACAGGCCCCGAUGAUAGCCGGUGAAGCCAACGAGGAGGAUGGUUUCACCACUGUCGGACAGGCCGUUGAGGAGUAUGAAGGUGCUCAUUUUCAGGACGGUGCAGGCAUCGGCGAGGGGCCGUUGGACAAGGAGAUGAGCGAGGAGAUCGAUCAUGCCGGUGAAGCUGUGGAGAUGGAGCCCGUCAUUGAGGCGCCACAGGCCCCGUUGAUUACAGGUGAAGCCAACAAGGAGGAUGGUUUCACCGGUGAUGCCGAAAAUGACAGCAAAAUGGAGAAUUUCAAUGAGGUCCUGCAUGGUACAGAGAAGGCCGAUGAGCUUGGUACGGAAGAUGGUCUUGCCUGUCAAGAAAAGGAAGACGUGGCCCUUGAUGAGGUGCUGCGGGACACAGCGACCGGCGAUGAGGCCAUUUUUCUUGUUUUCUCCAGCGAGAUCAGCCAAAUUGUUGAUGAGGAGGCAAAAGCAGUAGAGGUCACUGAUGACAUGCCACCAAACUCAGCUGCACUGGAUGAUGAUGGUGAGGAAACAGCUUUCUGCACUGAUACCUGUCGUGCCGGUGAACAGGGUGAAGUGCUCAGUGACGACAAUGUAGAGAAAGUCACGGAGGCAGAAGGCGAGGUUGAUGAAGAUAAGAAGGCAGUAGUAGUGAUCACCAACGACAAGCCACAGAGCACAGCUAUAAUGGAUGAGGAUGUCGAGGAAGAUCAUUUCCAAACUGAUUUUGUUCAUGCCGAUGAACAGACGAAAGGAAUUACUGCUGACAGUGUGCUGAAACUCAUACUGACACCCGGCGAAGUUGUUGAGGAGAAGAAUGCAGCACUGAUCACGGAUGAGACCAAACAGAGCACAGCCGCAAUGGAUGAGGAUGUUGUAGAUGGUCAUUCGAAAACUGAUUUUAUUCAUGCCGAUAAACAGAAGGAAGUGCCAACUGCUGACGAAGUGCCGGAGCUCACAGGGACAGAUGGCGAAGUUGUUGAAGAGGAAAAUGCAGCACUGAUCACUGAUGAGACCAAACAGAGCACAGCUGCAAUGGAUGAGGAUGUUGUAGAUAGUCAUUCGAAAGCUGAUUUUAUUCAUGCCGAUAAACAGAAGGAAGUGCCAACUGCUGACGAAGUGCCGGAACUCACAGGGACAAAUGGCGAAGUUGUUGAAGAGGAAAAGGCACUUGUGAUAACUGAGGAGAUGCCACAGAGCACAGGUACAAUGGAUGAAUGUGUUGAGGAAGAUGACUUCGAAAUUGAUUUUGUUCAUGACGAUGAACAGAAGAAAGCGGUAACUGCUGACAACGUGCUGGAAGUCACGGGGACAGAAGACAGGGGUAUCCUGAAGGAGAAUGCCUUCACCAACGAUCUUCCACAAGAGCUCGACGUCGAUGGAGACUCUAGCGCCCACAUUACUUCAGUAUUGCUUGACAAUGUCACUAAGCCCAUAUCCAAGAGCAUUAUCACUGUGGAGCCAACGGUGUCUGAACACGAGGACAUAUCAGUGUGCAAAAACAGCAGUGAGGAGAACAUUACUGAACCGGUGGCAAUGGAAGAAGAGAAGGGGGUGAAGGUGGCUAGGAAUGCUUCGAAUUUGUAUAUGCUAAGCCUAGGGCAGCUUAGAUCCAAGAUCAAGAAAACACUGAUCGCCAAGAAGAGUAAAGAAGCAAAGAGGGCGGCCCUUGCCAGAUUGGACGAUAAUGUUUGUCGAUCCGAUGCAAAUGGGCAGCAGCAGAACCAGAAUCUGCAACGAUAUUAACCCGGAGAAGAAGCUAGCUCUGAACUUCUGAUAUAGCAAUAUCCCGUGUGCGUGCUAGAUAGCAUCAGGUUGUGAAACCAUGGUUUCUCCAACCUGAGCAUCUAACUUGUGUUCGUUUGUUGUAGGGAGGCGAUUCGGCUGUGUUUUAGUCCAAGUCUAAUCGUAGGACAGCUCACCAGUUUGCAUCAGAAUUAUGAGUGAUUUGGUAGUGUUUUGUGUGCUUGUGUCAGUCAGAUCACCUGAUUGUAUCAGACUGUUCGGAAUCGGUUUGCAUGCCA